CUUCCUCACCCUGACACUCGUCUCUGGGAAAUUAUUCAAUUUGGUCAAAAGUUGAUCUUUCUGUGGUCCUUCUAUGUUUUCCUUGUUAAAUGAAUGCACUAGUUAGAAAUAAACAAAAUGCAUAAAUAGAUCCCAAUUUCAAAAGUUUAAACAUUUGUUAGAAGCUGUUUGCAUGCAAAGGUGUGUGUGGUUGUGAGAGGUGGUUUGGGCGUAGUUGGAAGGCGGAGAGUCAACGAGAGAAGAGACAUUCGAGAUCAUUUCCUCAUCGGACUAAUGAGACAAAGCUGCAGGUUUCAUGUCUGAAUCGAACAAAGGAAGGACAGAAAGGAAAAUGAGGAAGACGUUUGCUUGUGAUGAAUCCAUGAUCAUCACCAUCCCAAUCGGGAGCCUGAAGACCAUUCAGGAGGGUCAGCUGAUGCCGGAGAACUUCCACUGUGUGUUCAGGGAUAACUACAAGGUGUUUGCUGUCAGAGGAAAGCCGAAACCACUCGGGGCAGCCCAAGGUAUUGCUGGUGUGUUUAUUGUCUCACUUGGAAUGAUUACGGAUGACACAUUUAUCAUCAUCUUCUGCAUUGUUUCAUGUGUUCUGUUUUGGAUCUCUGGCAUGCUGUCCUUUGCUGCAGGAACAUGUCCAAACAUGCAUGUGACCAAACUGUCCUUCUCCCUGAACAUCAUCAGCUUCUUCUGGUCAUUGGUGAUUUUUUCUAUCUUCAUGAUCAUCAUUAUAGAACCUUAUCCUUAUUAUUAUGGCCCUAUGCCUUACCAGGUAAAAUACAAAAUCAGCAUUUUCCAUCCAGUUAAGUGUUGCUCAGCAGGAUUCUUAGUAUUUGUGCACUUUCUUUUAUGUUCGGUCCAGUUAGUUCGUGGGAUUGUCGGCCUGAUCAUGACUCUGCUGGUCUUUGAAUGCAUGAUGGCGCUCUUCUUGAUCUACUGGUUGAGUAAAGCUGUAUGCAGGGAACAUUUCAACACCUUGCCCAUCAUCAUGCUGAAGCAGGAGGACUGAAUGAUGAACAAAGAGCAGAGCAAGAAAUUAUCAACUCCUGACCACAUUUUAGUUUUUACAGCCUUAAAAUUCAACAUUACUGUAGCAAUUUUUGCUGUUUUGCUAAAAAGGCAAACAAUGUGGAAGUCUGUUUAAAAGCACACAAAUAUAACUUUCAUAUUUACAAUACAUCACUGCUGUAAUAUAGAUAGCUUACUUGAUCUGUACAGUUUCUUCCAUUGUAUUACAGACAGGCUUGUUCAUGGUAUUAUUACAUUAGAAGUUGUGUUCUGCUGCACCGGCUGAUGUCUGCACAGCGGCUUUGAAACACUUUUAAAGUUUUUUCAACAUUUCCAAGAAACUCUUCUGAAAUGAAAAUAAAGAAACAACCUCUCCGUUCUUCCUGUAACAAAGGGCUAAUAUCAGAAAGAAGCUUCUGUUUUGGUAUCAACCUUUUGCAAUUUUAACUACUGUAAAUAAAAGAUUUAUUGAAUUUUGUCACUAUUAAAAAUGA